AUGUUUAUCGACAAUCGACAAUCUAAAAAUAAAUCAGUUAUAAUGUGUGAUAAACCUUAUUCAUGUUCUGCUUGUGGUGUAACAUUCACUCAAGGAUCAUCAUUAAAAUUACAUAUAAGAUCACGUCAUAAUGAUAAUAUUAAAUAUUUUUCAUUAAUACGUAAACCAGGUAAAAAUAAUUUAACAAAAUUAUGGACAAGAAUAUUAAAAAAAGAUUUACCAAAAUUUAAUACAUUCAAAUCAUCAUCUCCAUCUUCAUCAUCAUUUCCAUCUUCAUCCUCUUAUUAUUAUCAUUAUUAUUAUUAUUAUAAUUAUUGGAAUAAAUGGAAAAAUAUAAAAUUAAAUAAUCAAAUUAAAAAUCAAUAUAAAAAUCAAUUAAAUUCGAAUUCAAAUUUUAUUGAUUCAAUAUUCAAUAAUAUGAAGAAUAAUAAUAAUAAUUCAUUAUUAAUCAAUGAUAAAAAUAUUAAAAAAAUCAUUCAAUCAAAUAAUUGGAAAUCAACAAAUUUUAAUUUAAAAAUGAAUAUGAAUAAAAAAUUUGAUCAUCAUCAUCAUCAUCAUAAAAAAUAUAUGAAUUAUAUCCAAUCAAUAAAUAAUAAUGAUUUAAAAUUUACUGAUCAAAUCAUUCAUCUUAAUCAUGAUCCUGAUCAAUAUGAUAUUGAUCAAAUCAAAUUAAAUGAACAAUUAAUAAAACAAGAAAAUAUAUAA